GUGGAAAUAUUAACGCAAGAGUGUCUUCAACUACGUCGAGAGCUUGAUGCAACACGUGAUUCUAAAGAGAAGGAAAAAUUAGUUUUAAAACAUAUUAAGGAAUGGGCCAACGCUGAGAAUUGUGUCAACGACUUCCAAAAAGGUGAAAUUGAUUGAUAAAAUUUUUCUUUGAUGAAUCAAAACCAAAAUAAGUUAUCAAAGAAUGAAUGAUUCGGUGACGCAAGGAAAAAUGGGUACUAGUAAUGCAUCAAUGAAGAAAACAACAAAAAUUAAUUCUAACAAACUAUUGUCAGAAAAGGAAACUGAGGAGUAUAAUCGACUGUUGGAGACUGAAAGAGAACUUGAAAAAGAAUUGGCCAAGUUAAAAGCUGAAUUAGAAGCAGGGCCAUCAAUAAAAGAAACUAUUGAAGAUCUUCAUGAAUAUAAUGACAUCAAAGAUGCCACUCAAGUUGUUUUGGGAGCGAUGGCUACUAUGCAUGGCGUAACAAUAGCCAGUUUGCACAAAGAAUUUAAUGUUCCACUUAAAGAAGACUGAAGUUGACAUCUACUA